UUGAGCGGAAGGAUCUUCCCGGAACCGAUCGACCACUUCGACCGGCUUCCGGACUCCGUCAUCCUCCUGAUCUUCAACAGGAUCGGCGAUGUCAAGUCCCUUGGCAAGUGCUGCGUCGUCUCGAAGCGGUUCCACUCUCUCGUUCCCCAGGUCGACGAAGUCGUGGUCCGAGUGGACUGCGUCAUCUCCGACGAGUACGACGACGACGACUCAUCCGCGACUUCCUCCUCGUCCGCCGCCGCCGCCGCCGGCAAGUCAUGCCACCCGAUCUCCUCCCUCUUCCGCAUCCUCUUCUCCGGGAUCUUCAAGCCCCUGCAGUCCCUUUCCCAGCUCAUCGCCCCUUCUACUCGCCGCCUCACUCUUCCCGAGGAUUCCGACUGCGAGACGGAGGAGCAGGCCGGCGUCGCUCACCAUUCACCCACUCAGGUAUUGAAAAAUUUCAACGAGAUUAAGCUUCUCAGAAUUGAGCUCCCGAGUGGGGAAUUAGGGAUUGAUGAGGGUGUGUUGCUAAAGUGGAAGGCGAAUUUCGGCUCCACCCUUGAUAGCUGUGUUAUUCUUGGAGCCACCAGUGUUGUUCAUAACACGAGUACAGAGCUCGAAUGUAAUGAUGCUGUUAGCAAUUUCGCUAAUGGUGGCAUGGAGAAUGAUAAUAACGGGAGCUUACCCGAAUCGUAUUACACUAACGGUGGGUUGAAACUGAGAGUUGUAUGGACUAUUAGCUCCUUGAUAGCUGCCUCAGCUAGGCAUUAUCUGCUGCAGCCUAUAAUAUCUGAGCACAAGACAUUGGAGAACUUGGUUUUGACUGAUGGUGAUGGGCAAGGGGUUUUGUCUAUGAACAAAGAGCAGUUGGAGGAGUUUAGAGUGAAGCCCCUUUCGGCAUCUACAGCUUCGAAGAGGACUUUGGUGCCAGCUUUGAAUAUGCGGCUUUGGUAUGCGGCCCAUCUCGAGUUGCCGAAUGGUUUGUUCCUAAAAGGGGCAACUUUAGUUGCGAUUAGGCCCAGUGAGCAACAGCCCAAGAAGGAGAUGAUGGGCUCUGAGGGGGAUUGGGUCGUGUCGGCCUUUGACGAGCCAUUUGUGACAGCUGCAAGGAUGAUCCUCCCGGAGCCGAUUGACCACUUCGACCGGCUGCCGGACUCCGUCGUCCUCCUUAUCUUCAACCAGAUCGGCGACGUCAAGGCCCUCGGCCGUUGCUGCGUCGUCUCGAGGCGUUUCCACGACCUCGUCCCCCAGGUCGACAACGUCGUGGUCCGCGUGGACUGCUCGCGCCACCCGAUCUCCUCCCUCUUCCGCGUCCUCUUCUCCGGUAUCUUCAAGCCCUUGCAGUCCCUGUCCCAGCUCAUCGCCCAUUCACCCAGCCGCCUCGCUCUGCCUGAGGAUUUCGAAUGCGAGACGGAGCCCAGCAGCGUCACCCACCAUUCUCCAACUCAGGUAUUAAAGAAUUUUAACGAGAUCAAGUUUCUCAGAAUAGAGCUUCCGAGUGGGGAAUUAGGAAUUGAUGAGGGCGUUUUGUUGAAGUGGAAGGCUAAUUUUGGCUCCACACUGGAUAGCUGUGUUAUUCUUGGAGCUUCGAGUGUCGUUCAGAGCGUGUGUAAUGAUGUUGAGUGUAUGAGUAACUGUAAUAGUAAUGAUUGUAAUGACAAUGGGAGCAUACCGGAGUCGUUUUACACUAAUGGAGGAUUGAAAUUGCGAGUUGUAUGGACUAUAAGCUCCUUGAUAGCUGCCUCAGCUAGGCAUUAUUUGCUGCAGCCCAUUAUAGCAGAGCACAAGACAUUGGAAAAUUUGGUUUUGACUGAUGGUGAUGGGCAAGGAGUUUUGUCUAUGAACAAAGAACAGCUGGAGGAGCUGAGAGUGAAGCCCCUUUCGGCAUCUUCAGCUUCGAAGAGGACUUUAGUUCCCGCUUUGAAUAUGCGAUUGUGGUACGCAGCCCAUGUUGAGUUGCCGAACGGUGUGGUGUUAAAAGGGGCCACUUUGGUUGCGAUUAGGCCCAGUGAACAGCCCAAGAUGGAGGUGGUGGGCUUGGAGGGGAAUUGGGUUGGGUCGGCCUUUGAAGAGCCGUUUGGGACUGCUGCGAGGAUGUUAGUGAAGAGGAGGACUUACUGGAAAGGCUUCCUAGAAAAGCAAGUUAUAGCAAUCGGGUGGAUCGAUCACGCGGUAGAACAAUUUGAAGCAGCAACGUAUAUGUUGAAUACUAUGGUUAUGUGCUUGUACCUGAAGAGGUUUUACUUGAAAAAUGGCACAACAACACAAGGUCGCACGCUGAGGCUGCAGGAGAACGAGUACACAGUGCCUCAG